AUGCAGAUUCGUACAUUCACCACUACGGCCUUCCGACUAGCCAAACAGGCCGCCCCGGUAACUACCAGGAAAUAUCUUGGCCGCCCUUCGAACAACCUAUCAGCAGGACUUGUUGGAUUGGCAAAUGUGGGAAAAUCAACUUUUUUUCAAGCCAUUACAAAAUCUACAUUAGGCAACCCGGCAAACUACCCCUACGCUACAAUCGAGCCGGAAAAGUCUAUAGUUCAAGUGCCAUCGGAGAAAUUGGAUCACUACCAACGUAUCUACAACUCGCAGAAAAAGGUGCCUACAAAUUUGACUGUUUGGGAUAUUGCUGGGUUGACGAGAAAUUCAAGUUCUGGUGCCGGGUUGGGCAACAAGUUCCUAAAUGACAUUCGACAAGUUGAUGGAAUAUUGCAGAUUGUGCGUGGGUUUAUUGAUGAUGAGAUUAUACAUAUUGAGGAGAAUAAAGUCGAUCCUGUUCGAGAUUUGGUUAUUGUUAAUGAUGAGUUAAUUUUGAAAGAUUUGGAAUUUAUUGAAGUUGAAAUGGAAAAGAGUACAAAGAAUUUGAAAAAGCCUAAUCAGAAUCAUGAGGAGAAGAACUUGGAAGUGUUGGAAAGAUUGAGUGAUUGUUUGUACAAUGGGGUCAAGGUGAUCAAUGGUUCUUGGUCAGACGAGGAGAUUGACUUUAUCAAUGGAUUGAAUUUGUUAACUGCAAAGCCAACUGUCUAUUUAUUGAAUGUGUCAAAAAGUGAUUACAUCGCAGGAACUAACCAGUUUUGGGACACCGUUCAAAACUGGAUAAAUACAAACUCUGGUAACGACAAGCUUAUUAUGUUUAGUGCUGAAUAUGAACAUGCAUUAAUCAGCGGUGAAGCACAGCAAACCAAAGAUCUGAUCAUUCCCACUGCGAUACAAGAGAUGCGCAAUUCUCUACAUUUGAUAUCAUUCUAUACUUGUGGAGACAUUGAGUCUAGACAGUGGACUAUUAGACAGGGAAGUUUGGCGCCUGACGCUGCUGGUUUGAUCCACACUGAUUUGCAAAAGACAUUCAUCAACUCAACCGUUUACAAAUGGGACGACUUAGCAUCGAUGGGGGUCUUUGAUGAAAAUAAGUUGAAGCUGAUGGGGAAACAGUAUAGAAAUGGGAAGAAAUACGAAGUACAGGAUGGUGAUGUACUUGUGAUAAAAGCCGGUAGUGGGAAAGCUCGAUAG